AUUGACGCUUCUGGAAGGCUUUGGCUGGAAGGCUCACCGGCGCGCCGGAGCGUGUAUCAACUAUUUCAAACUUCGCCGGCGCAGAACGACCACAUUUGACGCGACCCCACCACGUUUCUCAGCAAGAUCGCAAGCCACGCAACUUUUUUUUGACGCGACUGUCGCGCAACAGAUUGAGGCCCAAACAUGGCGAGCACACCUACCGAACAUCCUACCACAACGGCGACAUUCCCCUCCCGCCAAAAGCCGAUUCCCUACACUCACCAGAAUGGGCAGCGCACCCAGCUCUCCUCCAUUCUUCCACCGCUCGUUUUCGGUACCGCAACCUUCAACCACCAAUACAAUGACGACCCCUUCGCCAUGGACACCACCGGCUUGGUGACCUCGGCCCUCACACACGGCAUUCGCGCGUUCGACACAUCGCCUUACUACGGUCCUUCUGAAGAGCUGCUAGGCAAUGCACUGGCAACGCCGUUUGUGCGCGAGACAUUCCCGCGCAACUCCUACAUGAUCCUGACCAAAGUGGGACGGAUAGCAGGCUCCGAUUUCGACUACAGCAAAGAAUGGGUGCGACAAAGCGUUAGGCGGAGCUUGGAAAGGCUACACACCGACUAUCUUGACCUCGUGUACUGCCACGACGUCGAGUUUGUUACACCCGCUGAAGUCCUCGAGGCCGUCAGGGAACUCCGGCGCAUUCGAGACGAGGAGGGCACAAUCAGGUACAUCGGUAUCUCCGGGUACCCGCUCGACGUCCUAGGCGACAUGGCAGAGAUGAUCCUGCGUGAGACAGGCGAGCCACUGAACGCAGUGCAAUCCUAUGCCAACUUCACCCUGCAAAACCAGACCCUCGCCGGUCCGCGCGGCGUUCAGCGUCUGCGCAACGCAGGCGUCGACGUGGUUCCCAACGCAUCUAUCCUGGGCAUGGGACUGCUGCGCCGACAAGGUGUGCCGUGCGGUGCCUUGGGUGACUGGCACCCAGCGCCGAGCGCGCUGCGCGCUGCGGUCCGCAACGCAAGCGAUUUCUGCGACGCGUACGGCGAAAAGCUGGAAGUCAUUGCAAUUCGCUUUGCGCUGGAGACGUGGAUCUCCGCCGGUGCGGCGUGCGGGUCCAAGGGCGACCCUGCGUCUGGCGUGCCCUGGAAGCACGAGUCGAACGACGACGUCGGCGGUGCGAAACUCGGUGUCUCCGUUAUUGGUGUGUCGCGCGCGCCCGAGCUCGAGAAGACGAUGCUGGUGUGGCGCUCGAUCCUCGAUGGUCUCGAGGGCGGCGAGGAGACGGCUGCGCAGGCUGGCCGCUGGUACAGGGCGUGGGAGUGGUCGAGGAACAGGCGAGAUGCUGUGCGCAUUCUUGCCGAGGGCAUUCACGAGAUUCUCGAGGAUGGCUUCGAUUUUGCAUGGGCCAGCCCUGAUGCAGACUAUGUCCACACGAAGAAGCAGAAGGUUGUCGAACAGAACGACGCGCCGUGGUUGACUCCCGCGGCAAGCCCUGAGGCUAAGCCGGUCAAGGGUGGUGUCGAGGUCGCCGAUGAGAAGAGCUUGCCUUUACGGUAACGCAGGGAUCAGAAGUAGAAAGAGAAAGCGAAAACGCAAGCGUCUAUUGGAAUAACUUCAUGAGUACAUAUAACAAAAGCCAGAAUCGAUAUCCGGUCGUUGCUUACUGCACCCGGAAUAGGAGGAUUAUCUUCUGUCACUUCAUCUACGUACGACAUCGUCCCUCGCGUCAUACUGCCUACACUCUUCUUC